UUUCAGGCUUUUCGUAUAUGUCAGUUGCGAUCACAAAAUCCCCACAGUCUAAAUCACGAUGAAAGACUUGAGUUAUGGAAUUUAGAAAAUGAGCAGUUUGAAGAGUUAAUAAUUCAACCAUCAUUGAGUUAUUACAAUCGUUUCUUUGAAAGAGGAGCACCUCAAACCGAUGGUGGUUUAGGAUGGAGAAAUAUUUGGCGUCGACUACAGGAAGAUGAUGCUGCGUGUCUUCAGUUACUACGAAUGUCUCUUGGUGUUUUCAGAUCUUUAUGUGUCAUAUUGGAAUCAAAAUAUGGUUUACAUCCCACUCUUAAUGUUAGCAUUGAAGAGAGUGUGGCAAUGUUUUUGCGAAUUUGUGGGCACAAUGAAGUUCAAAGAGAUGUUGGAUUACGGUUUGGACGGACACAAGAGACAGUGAAUAGAAAAUUUUUUGAAGUUCUUAGGGCGACAGAGUUACUUGCUUGUGAUUAUGUUAAGACUCCAACAAGACGAGAACUACUUCGAAUUCCUGAAAGGCUGCAAAUGGACAGAAGAUAUUGGCCAUAUUUUAGUGGAUUUGUAGGAGCUGUGGAUGGAGUUCAUGUAUGUGUUAAAGUGAAGCCUGAACUACAAGGAAUGUACUGGAAUCGACAUGAUAGGACAUCAUUUAACAUCAUGGCGAUAUGUGAUCUCAAUAUGUUGUUUACAUAUGUUUGGAAUGGAGCACUCGGAUCAUGUCACGAUACAGCAGUUCUCACGAUGGCACAAGACGGUGAUUCUGAUUUUCCUUUGCCUCCAGGAGACAAGUAUUAUGUAGCUGAUUCUGGGUAUCCGAAUAAGCAAGGUUUUUUGGCUCCAUAUAGAUCUUCUCGGAAUGGUGUUAUUAGGUAUCACAUGUCUCAUUUCAACAAUGGUCCUCCUCCUAAGAAUAAACAAGAACUGUUUAAUCGAUGUCAUGCAUCUCUACGUUCCGUUAUUGAAAGGACAUUUGGAGUUUGGAAGAAGAAAUGGAGGAUUUUGAGUGAAUUUCCGAGAUAUGAUAUCGCAGUUCAAAAAAGAGUGGUAAGUGCUACAAUGGGAUUGCAUAAUUUUAUCAGAAUUUCAAAUUAUUUUGAUGAAGAUUUUGUUGAAGAAAUGGGACAUACAAAUACCAGCAACGAAGAUUCUGAAAAUGAAAUAAGUGACAUGGAAACAGCAAAUAUGGCUGAUGGAGAUCAUAUGACAAACAUUAGAGACAACAUUGCCGAUAUGUUAUGGGCAAAUCAUUAAAUUAUUUUACCUUUGUUUAUGUAUUUUUUAUUAUGUGUUUUGAUAUUUUGGUGUAAUCUUUAUUGUUUCAAUAUAUGAUCUGCACUUUUGAACUGCUUUUGCCAUUCAUAACUUUGAAACAUAACUUGUUCUGCUUGAUCUGCAUCUCUCCUGCAUGAUCCGCUUGAUCUGCACUUGUCCUGCUUGAUCUGCAUGAUCUGCUUGAUCUGCACUGCUUGAUCUGCUUUUACCAUUCGGAACCUAAGUCACAACUUCGUCAAUAACAGUGUCUUUCUGAAUGCUGCUUCACCGCUUAAAACUUUGAUUCUUCAUGGUAAUAAUAUGAAAGGUCUUUUUUUUUUUUUUGUAAUAUGAAAGGUCUUUUUCCGAUAAAAGGUACGCCCAGUUCUUGUUUUUACUAAUGGAAAAACCAGUGUUUUGAAACCCGAUCCGGAUCCGCGGUUGAACCGGUAAACCCGGUAAUCCAAAAAAAUCUGGUUUGGGCUUUAUUUAAAAACCCACAAAAACCCGCAAAAAUUCACUAAAACUCGGAAUCCGAUACCGGUUGAACCACCAUUUGAACCAAUAAAUACCUUUUACGUCAUUUUUUUUAGUUUUUAGAUUAUGUUUUAUAUUCUAAGUUUCCAAUUAAGAAGUUAGAUGCUGACAAAAAAAAAGAGUUAGGUUUUCCCUUUUCAGUUUUAUAUCUGUGAUUUUUAGAUUUUGAUGAAGAUUUCACUAUGUCACUUGAAGAAAAUGAAGUCAACAAUGGUAGAGAAAACCAUUAGUUGAUGUGAUUUGGUGUUAGUUUAUUUAUGAUAUUGACAAUUUAUUACAAUGAUCUUUUACUUUUGGUUUAUUUUGAAUUUGAAGUUUACUUUAUUAUUCACAUUAGAAAUUUAAAUAUUUAUGAAUCUUAUAUCUUGAUUUUUUUAGAUGUCAUAACUCUUACUUUGUUACAGAAAAAUUUAAAUAAUCUAAACUAUUUUUUGAUAUUUUAUAUGUCAAAUAAAAAUAAAAAUAUCAAAAUUAAAUUAAAUAUUUUCUAAAUACUUUUUAAACAGAAAAUAUAUACGUAUCCAAACUAUUAUUUUAUGUUUUAAAAAAUAUUUAAAAAAUAUUAAACUUUAGUUUUUGUAUAUUUAUUUUCAUAGCUAAUAGAUUAUUAUAUAAUAAAAUUAAUUUAUUUAUUAACCCGCAGUGACCCGCGGUCGACCCAGUGACCCAGCUAUCCGGUAAGAUAUCCGGUUCAGUGUCCGGGUCGGGUUUAAAAACAUUGGGCAAAACAUAAAGAUGGAUAUUAUCAGUCCUCAAACAUAGUUUCAUUUAUUAAUCUUUUUUUUUUGUGGCCACCUGUAUUGCAGAACUAAAAGAUUUGAGAAAUCUAAAACUGCUAGAUCUAAGCGGGAACAUGCUUAGUGGCCCUUUGCCAGGUAAAGUUAGCAUAAAAUUUUUUUUGGGAAAUUACCUCUACUAACUCACAUUUUAUGACUAAUGACUAGUAACACACAAAAGAAAAGAUAGAAAAUGUAUCAUUAAGACUGAAAUGCCCCAUCGAUUAAAAAAAAUUAGUUCCCAGUAAAAAUAAAUUAAGGCAAAAUUACUCUACUCUUACUUGACCAAAAAAGGUGAAACCUCUUAGAAAAAAAAAAUACCUCCACAAUAACUUUUUCUUCCAUGACCCCAAGAACCCUAAAUCCCCAAAUUGUGAAAUCCUCAAACUCUCGACUCUCUUUAGUUUCCAUCAUGAUUUCUCAUCAAUUUCUUCAUCUCCACACCCUAAUCAACCACUAAAACCUUCGAUUCACAUAGAAAAAGUGAAUCCAAAAUCCAAGUGACGAACCCUAUUUUCGUUGAUUUCGACACUCUUACAAGCUCCUCUCCACAUCAAUCAGUUUAAUUCACCUAUUUUUGCCAUCAAAGGUUAGUCUCUGUCAAACGAUUUUUUUAAUAUUGAGUAUCAAAUGAAUUCGAUUUGGUUUUGAUACAGAGUAGAUAGAAGUGUUUUUCGUUUGUACAUUUGUUGAUAUCAAUUUGGGUAUCGUCUGGGUCGUUUGUGUUCUUCAGUCUUGGUCGUUUGUAUGUUUUUGGAAAAAUUAAAUUUUCUAAUACUUACUACAUUUUACAAAUUUUCAGACGGAUGACUACAUCAAAAAGUGGAAAAAAAUAUCCAGCAAGACUUUAUGAAGAGGAGAAAUGUCCAUUGCAAAGUGGAAGCAUGAAUCAUAACUGUCAUUUGGCUAAUUUCCAGAUGGUGGAAGAAGUAGUUGGUUUAGAUGCAUGGGAAUCCAUUAAAACAUCAUCUUUUGGAGUUAUUCUGAGGCUGAAAGAGCUGAAUUAUACCUGGUCAGCCAAGGCGGUUCACCAUAUUUACUUACAAACCAAUCGGUGGUUAAUAAUAUCCAUGAGGUUUGGUCUUGAGAUUAACGUGAAAAUAGUCACUUGUCCAAAAAAUGAUCGUGACCUGGAGAACAAGAAGUUUUAUGGAAUCUAAGUUUUAAUAACUAGUUGAAGGUAUGGUCAAAAUUUUGGUUAAUUAGAGCAAACCGGAUUUUUUUUCUUCUAAUUAGUUAACCAAUUAAGUUGUUAACUGAUUCUGGAUGAAAAAGUCUGCCAUCCCUUGAAAACCUGCGGAAACUAGAAUAAAGCAUGCCGUAACUAGAAGCAUACUUAUUCUGAAAGUUUGUUGUUUGUAAACGUAGAAGUAUAAGUCUGCCAUAACAUGAAAAGAAAAUCUGCUAAAUUAUAAAAAAAGUCUACGAGAUAAAUCUGCAUGCCAGUACAAAACUUUCGACAUAUUACAAAACCUGCUGUCAUAGGAAACAAAUCUCCCACUAAAAGUCUGCCAACAUAAAAUAAAUCUGCGAGUGUAAUCAAAUCUACCAUCAUGUGAGGUAGACUUGUUUUUGAAAGUAUGUGAUGGUAUAAUUCUACGAUACUAAAUUUUCGGUAAAAAAUAAAUCUGCAACAGUUAAUUAAAACUGCCAUCAAGUAUUGCAGCUUUUUUAUAGCAGACUUAUUUUAUUGUUUCGUUAAAAAAAAUUUGAUGACGUGCAAUAAAUUUUUUUUUCUGUAAUUUUCUUUUGUUAACAAAGAAAAUAGGGCAUUGUAGGCAUAAAAAAUAUUUUAGUAAUUAAAAAAAAAGUUAUUCUAGUAAUAAUAACAUAAUUUGAUGUUUUUUGGGAAAUUACCUCUCAUUCUCUUCACGGAUCGACAAAGAUAUUUUGGAAACAAACAAUUUUCAAUCUCUGCUCAUUUUUGUCUUAUCAUAGGUUUUGCGGAUUUCCAUAAGCUCAAGCUUUGGAUUUAAGCGAUAACAAAUUUUCUGGAACAUUGGAAGAGCAAGGUAUUUAAAAAGAAAUCAAACUUUUAAGUUUUUAUUUACAAUAUUAAA